AUGGGUUCGGUGAUCGGCUCCCUCCUGUCGGCUCACCUUAUUGCGUCUGAUAAAUCACGCCGCUUAGGCGACUUCUACAUUCCCGAAUAUGAAGGGGAACUACUCACUUUGGCCCACGACCUCGCAGCUCGUCUUCUACCAGCUUUCGAGGGCACUAGAACAGGGCUUCCAUAUCCACGAGUCAAUCUCAUGAAAGGAGUGUUACCUGGGACUGUGGAAGAGACAUGUACCGCCGGUGCAGGAUCACUGUUGGUUGAAUUUGGAAUCCUGUCACGAUUGCUGGGUGAUCAGACUUAUGAGCGCACUGCCAGGCGUAUAAAUGAAGAGCUUUGGCGGUUCAGAGAUAAGAAAACGGGACUACCAGGCAAUCUCAUCAACAUUCAAACUGGUGAAUGGGUUGGACAUCUCAGUGGAGUAGGCGCCGGACUGGAUUCAUACUAUGAAUAUUUUCUCAAAGCUUACAUACUGUUCGGUGAAUCUCGUGAUUUGCAGUUAUUCAACGAGGCAUACGAUGCCAUCCUUGCAAAUCUACGACGGGGACGAAGUCUAUGCAACUCCGAUGGUGAACCACCGCUGUUUGUUAACGUUGAUGCACGUGACGGUUCUACAGCGAAUACAUGGGUUGACUCUCUACAAGUGAGU